GCACCACCACCAUCCUUGCGUUCCAAGUUCUUUCGACAACCCAAGAAAGUCCACCACCCACUUUCCCACACCUCCAUAGUGUAAAGAAGUCCCACUUCAACUAAACCCGCGACUAAAGCGUUUGCCAAUGCCCACCUCAAUUUCUUCAAACUCAUUUCCUAGGACGACCAUGUUGGUCGUGUGCGCGAUCCUCAUCGGCUCUUCCGUGGUUGCCUUGGCCGGUAACUUUUACCAAGAUUUUGAUGUCACUUUCGGAGAUGGCCGCGUCAAGGUACUGGAUAACGGCCAGCUCGUCACCCUUUCCCUGGACAAGGCCUCUGGCUCCGGCUUCAAGUCCAAGAACCAGUACCUCUAUGGCAAAUUCGACACGCAAAUCAAGCUCGUCCCCGGCAACUCCGCGGGCACUGUCACCACCUUAUACUUACAUUCGGACGGGUCGACCUGGGACGAGAUAGACUUGGAGUUCUUGGGGAACUUGAGCGGCGACCCUUAUAUCCUCCACACCAACUUGUACAGCCAAGGCAAAGGCAAUAGGGAGCAGCAAUUCUAUCUCUGGUUCGACCCGACAGCCGAUUUCCAUACUUACUCUGUCCUUUGGAACCCUUUACACGUCGUGUACUUUGUCGAUGGGAUUCCAAUAAGGGAGUUCAAGAACUUGGAUGCGGCGGGGGUCCCCUACCCAAAGAGCCAGCCCAUGACCCUCUACUCGACCCUAUGGGACGCUGAGGACUGGGCCACCCGGGGCGGCCUCGUGAAGACUGACUGGUCGCAGGCGCCUUUCACCGCCUCCUUCAGCGGCUUCAACGCGAGCGCUUGCGUCUGGUCCAACGGAGCCUCCACUUGCCCUUCUUCCUCGGCCGCCUCGGCGAAAUACCCUUGGUUUUCUCAGCAACUUGAUGCCGCGAGCCUGCAGACGAUGAAGUCGGUCCAGCAGAAGUACAUGAUCUACGACUAUUGCGAGGACACCAAGCGAUUCCCUCAGGGCCUACCCCUGGAGUGCACGCUUAAGACCAAGUCAUGAGAUCAUGCACAUAAGCAAAAAUAUGAUAAUGUUCACACAUAUGCCUUCAUAUCAUUAAUUUGUCAAGUAUUGUGAUUAAUUCGUACGCCGUGGAUGUACAUGAGACGUGCUCAUGGUUUACCAAGUCAAUAAUAUGUUUGAUUAAUUGGAUGA